AUGGAGAACCAUCUCGGAAAGUACCGCAUCGCUAGUGUACGCCACGAUAAAAGCCACCCUACCAUAGUAACCAGCCACGCGUUCAGCCAUCGUGCCAUGCCCUUCUCCAUCCGUGAUGUCACCAGUUCAGAAGGUCAAAUGACCCAUCUGAAACGUAUAUUAAAUGUCGGGGGGAUGAAGGCUUAUAGCCAUGACAAGAGCCGCGAUAUUGGCAAGGUGGCGUCGGUGCUAUGA